AAGCUUGAAAUAACUUUACACAAGAAUUCUUGACUAAAAACAAUUUAUUUAUUUUGAUACCAUCGACACAGGCUAAAAGCAAACCGGCACAAUUAUCUUUAAUUGCGCCACUUGACAACACUGUCUGUUCUUUACAUAACUGAAGAGAGCAACACUUUUUGCAUUUGUAGCAUCCAAAAAAUUUCACACAAUGGCUAGCACACAGAAUAAAGACGCUUGUACCAUUUGCGAGAAAGUUGGUCUAAGACCCCUGACCAAAGACAACGUAUUCAACUAUUACAUACCACUGCACGGUCUCGUAAGCUAUGGAGCCCUUAGCGUCAACGUGAUGAAUCCCCAGAUUGUGCCGAAACUAUUGCCCAAAAAGGAUCUGACGAAUGUUUUCCUGAUUUCCGCAGUCGUUGGAAGCGCCUUCUAUAUAUACGGCCGACCACAUUUAAAGGACAUUAAGAACAACAAACGCGGAGCGUAUGCAUUGCUUGCAGCUACGCUGUUCAGCAUGGGAUCGGUACUGGCCUGGGCACUGAUCAAAUCCGCGUUGCCUAAGGACAACUCGCUGCUCGCCACGCUAGCCGGCUUGGGCACAGGCGCCGCCAUUGUUAAAGUUGGUACGGACUACAUACAUGACCUUGACAAGCUGAAGAACUAAAACAAAAGAUGAUGGCGACCGGGACGGAAAUGGUAAAGGCGAUUUAUGUUGUAUACUAGUUUUUGUAAAGUUGCAGACAUGCCCACGAUUAUAAUACGCUCAUAGUUUAAUAAUGUGCAAAAUAUUUACGUACGCAACUUAAAU